AUGAUGGACUCUGUUGAAAUAGCCAAAGCAGUUCAUACUGCUAUAGUAACUGUAUCACAGAAGGUUUAUCUGUCUCCAGCUAUAGAUUUGGUUAAAAGACAAGUUUGGACGGAAGAAUACGACUCCGGUAUCACCACAUUCAUUAUUCUUGCGUCUGUUUUUGUCUUUUUGAUGGUUCCAGGUUUAGGUUUUCUUUAUUCUGGUCUUGCUCGUCGUAAAUCUGCUCUUUCUAUGAUUUUUAUCUGUCUCGGUGCUUCCGCUGUUUGCGAAUUCCAAUGGUAUCUCUGGGGCUACACAUUAGCUUUUUCCUCCAGUGCUUCCAACAACUUUAUCGGCAACUUAAAAAACGUUGUUUUCCAUGAUGUCUUGGGUGAAUCCGGCGACUAUCCUGAAUUGGCCUUUGCUCUCUUCCAAGGUCUUUUCCUCCAAGUUACUGCUGCCAUUACCGUUGGUUGUAUCGCUGAAAGGGGUAGACUUCUUCCAUGUCUUGUCUUCAUCUUCUUCUGGGCUACCAUUGUCUACUGUCCCAUCGCCUAUUGGGUCUGGAACGGAAAUGGCUGGGCCUUCAACUGGAAAUCUGGUGUCUUGGACUUUGCCGGUGGUGGUCCAGUCGAAAUUGUCUCUGGUUUCUCUGCCUUUGCCUACUCCUACGUUCUUGGUAGAAGAAAAGAAAAAUAUUUGAUCAACUUCAGACCCCACAAUGUCUCCAUGGUCACCUUGGGUACCAGUCUAUUGUGGACCGGUUGGAUGGGUUUCAACGGUGGUACUGCCUUGUACCCUAAUUUAAAAGCUAUUUACGCCAUCAUCAACACAAAUCUUUCUGCUGUAUUUGGUGCCUUCACCUGGGUUCUUUUGGAUUGGAGAAUGGAAAAGAAGUUCAGUUCCGUCGCCUUUUCUUCUGGUGCCAUUUCUGCUUUGGUCGCUGCUACUCCCUCUUCCGGUUGCAUUCCCUUCUGGGCCUCCAUCAUUCAAGGUAUCGUUACCUCUGUUGUUUGUAACUUUUCCACUGGUCUCAAGGUCUUGCUCAGAUGUGACGACUCCUUAGAUAUCCUCGCUGAGCACGGAAUGGCCGGCGUGGUCGGCUUAAUCUUCAAUGCAUUGUUUGGUCAAGACUGGGUUAUCGGUUUGGAUGGUGCCACAGAACAUGAAGGUGGUUGGUUAUCUCACAACUGGAAACAAUUGUACAUUCAAAUUGCCUACAUUCUAGCCUGUGCUGUUUGGUCCUUUGGUAUUUCUUACAUUCUCGCUUUCAUCAUCAACAAGAUCCCUGGUCUCCAAUUAAGAACAAGUGAAUCCGCUGAAAUUAGAGGUACCGAUGAGGACCAAAUUGGUGAAUUUGCUUACGAUUACGUUGAAGUGAGAAGAGAGUUCUUUGACUGGGAAACUAACGAGGUUUACGAAAAUAACCCAGAAGUUAGACAAGCUAUUGAAAACUACCAAUUGAAUGAUUUGAAACAAAAAAACAUAGACUUGAAAAAUAGCGAUCCAACAAAAGACAUGAAAGUUCCAGCACAACCUGUUUCUGGGAGCAUUUCAAGUUCAUAA